CGUCGUGUCUUAAACAUGGAGGGAAAGGUAACGCUGGAUAAAGUAAUCGCCUUUCUGAGGGUAUACUUGACAUUCGCUUGCUGUUGGCCUCUUCCACCGAACGCGACGAAGCUCCAAAGACUCGUUCGCAGUGCCUUCCAGUGUUUUUGCCUCACGAACUCGAUAGUACUCGCCAUUGCGGCGGUAUGGACACUCUACAAGCACAGCGAUAAUGUGCUUCUAGUGAUGAAAUUAGGAUGCCAAUUGAGCGCCAUCGUGCAAGUUCCAUUACAGCUGAUACUCUUUACGAUGCAAAACAAACGUUUGCAGUUUAUUAUUUUGGAAAUGGAGAGUUAUUAUCAGAGAGCGCAAGAAUAUGAAAAGGAAAUUAUUCAACAAUAUGUCGACAAAUGCAAGUUAUUUUAUGGUAUCAUUCUUUGUUGGUUGGCAAUGACAGGAAUCAGCGUUAUAAUGACGCCUUUAUUUUCGUCACAAUCAUUUCCAAGUGAGGCGGAGUACCCGUUCGACGUGCAACUUCAACCAUUGAAAACUAUCAUUUACGCGCAUCAUAUAUUAAUCGCUUAUCAAUGUGUGAUACAAGUUAGCACUAAUACCUUUCCUGCUCUCCUACUUUGGUUUGUAGCUGCCAGAUUCGACAUUUUGUCCGUUCGGUUUCGUACAACGACGAACAUCAAUGAACUGAUAAAAUAUACGCGUGAACAUAGUCUACUACUUAGGUAUGCAAGAGAAGUGACGCGUGCAAUUCGUUACGUAGCAUUAUUAUGCGUGACUUUUAGUACCGGCGCUGUAAUAUUCGGUUAUCUUACUUUUAUGAGUCGUCAACCAUGGUCAGUGAAAUGGACGUUUCUUAUGAUAGCUUUUUGUGGCUUUGUGGAACUCUAUAUGUAUGCCUGGCCAGCUGACAAUGUAAUGAGCAUGAGUACCAAUAUAGCGUCUGCCGUCUACGAAUCACUAUGGUACAGUGACGAUCUGAUUAUGCGGAAGGUUUUAGUACAUAUCAUAUUAAGAAGUCAACAUCCGGUUACCGUUUCAGUUCCAUGUGCAUUACCAAACUUGUCUAUGAACUAUUAUGCAUCGUAUAUCUCGACAGUUUUCUCAUACAUGGCAUUUGUGCGUAUCAUGAUGGGUCAGGAGUAGAAAAACGAUCAAAUUUUAGGUAAAAAUCUACAAAUUAUAUAUUUUUGAAAUGUCUUCUAGUAGAACUGCAAUGAUGAUGUAAUAAAAACGUGUGUAUUUAUUAGUAAGAAUAUCCCAUAGAUAUCCAUAUGGAAAGAUCUUA